CUCCCUUUGCUACCUUUAUCAAAGUGAAGAAAAAAAAAAGAAAAAGAAAAAUGGGUACCCUUAAGGUGUCCAAAAGUUCAUGCACAUUUUCAAAAUUCUUAGUAAUUUGCAUGGUGGCAUUUUCUUUGGUUGAUUCAAGUUAUUGUAAGUGUGAUUUUGGGGGCAUCUUCAAUUUUGGGGAUUCAAAUUCGGAUACGGGUGGGUUUCAUUCGGCCUUUCCUGCACAACCUGGUCCCUAUGGAAUGACUUUUUUCGAAAAACCAGUUGGUCGUGCUUCUGAUGGAAGACUCAUUCUUGAUUUUCUUGCUCAAGGUCUAGGACUUCCAUUUUUGAGCCCAUAUCUUGAGUCAAUUGGAUCAGACUAUAGCCAUGGAGCUAACUUUGCAUCUUCAGCUUCCACUGUGAUUCCUCCCAUUGCUUCCUUCUCUCAUAGUGGGCUCAGUCCCUUUUCCCUUUCCAUUCAACUCAACCAAAUGAAGCAAUUCAAAGCCAGAGUUGAUGAAUUUCAUCAAAUAGGAACUACAUCAUCAUCUGGUAUUCCUUCACCAGAUAUAUUCAAAAAGGCCAUUUACAUGUUAAAUAUUGGCCAAAAUGAUCUCACUUCCAAAAUAGCAGGCACUGGUACUAUUGAUGGAGUCAUGGACACCUUUCCUCAAAUUGUUUCACAAAUUAAUGAUGCCGUCAAGGAGCUUUAUGCACAAGGGGCACGCACAAUUAUGGUAUUCAAUCUUGGUCCUGUGGGAUGUUAUCCGGGAUAUUUGGUGCAGCUUCCUCAUGCUGUUACUGAUUUUGAUGAGUUUGGAUGCAUGGCUUCAUACCAGAAUGUUGUAAAUUAUUACAACAAAUUGUUGAAGGAUACAUUGAGCCAAACCAGACAAAGUUUACCAGAUGUUUCCCUCAUUCAUGUAGACACUUACUCUGCUUUGUCGGAGCUCUUUCACCAUCCCACACUUUAUGGGUUUAAGUAUGGUACCAAAACAUGUUGUGGACAUGGAGGGGGUGACCACAAUUAUAACCCUAAAAUUUUGUGUGGUAAUAUGCUAGCAAGUGCUUGUGCUGAACCUCGAGAAUAUGUGAGUUGGGAUGGGAUCCAUUUCACAGAAGCAGCAAACAAGAUUGUUGCAAAUGCUAUUCUAAAUGGUUCUCUUUUUGACCCCCCUUUCCCUCUCCAUGAACUUUGUGAUCUACAACCUAUUGCUUGAUCAAGUGCUUGCAACCAAAGCUCUUUCUUAUGUAGCAAUUUAACUAUUUUGCAAUACUCAGCUGUCAAAUUGUUAAAUAAUGUUUCGAUUUAUGGGGUGUUGUUACUUUCAUCCUUGUGUGUUGCAGUUCAAUAAAAAACAUGGUACUUAUUGGUAGCAUUACUGUUUGGAGAAAAAAACAUGUUAUCAUAUAAAGGUUGGACUUUGGUUAUAUAUGGUAUCUGAUAUGAACUACUCUGCUUCAUGUUAUGCAGAAAAAUGAUUAACAUCAGAGUUUA